UAGGACAAAAUGUGUGUGCAACUAAUGCACAAUUUUGUAUUUAAAAUGAAUCAACUUCAAUUAAAAAGUUAAAGGUCACCAAAGUUAGUCAAGAGCAGGAAAUAAAUAUUAAUAAAGAUAUGAAUGAACAAGGACAGAAGCUAAACAUUUUCUUUGAGCCUAAAUGUGUGUGCCUGAAUGAACCAGCAUCUGUGUGUGAUAGCAAUAUUUACAAGAAGAGAGACCGAGGGGAGAGGUGGAUAGAAGCCGACAGAUGAUGACAUAAGUGAUGGAUGCGGAUACAUGAAGAGGGAUGAAAGAGGGAGAGAGAGGGAUGAGAGAAGGAGGAGCAACAACAGUGGGAGAUAUGCCUCAGAUUAUCAACCAGUGUUGGAUGCUGUAGAGACAGAUAAAGAGGAGGAGUGGACAAGAGCGUGACAGGAGGAGAGACAGAGAGAAAGAGGACGUCUCUGUGAAUGCAAGCUGGGCUGCAAAGAUGACUGACGCGAAAAGCGUAUCGUCCGUGGAGGUGCCAGAGGGGAAGUUAAUAAAGAAGGGUUCCAUCAAGAAGAAAAUUGAAUCAUUAAGGCGAUGGAGUUCAGCUAGUAUAAAGAGGCCACCAAAGCCUAAAGCCAAGACCUUGAGUCUGUCUUCUCCCGUGGGAGACCCAGAUGAUGUCUGGCUUCAAGAGGGAGACAGAAGAAAGCUGCGACCCAUCGUGGACUCAGUCUUUGGACAGGGGGAGUCAGUUGUAGAUCGUCAUGGCGCUCCAUUGGCUGCCGCCAUGCUGGGGGCUCUGGGUGGAGAUGAGGUUGACACGGAUGACGAGGAGGAAGGAGGGAGUGAGCGGGACUUCGAUGAGCCCCUGUGCGCUCUGGUUAAGAACUGCAACAUGCUGCACAACUUAGUGGGGCCCGCUUGUAUCUUCCUCAGACAGGGAUUUGCACAGAGCCAGCUUGACAGAGAUCUACGACCAGAGGAAAUGGAAGAGUUGCGUGAAGCAUUCAGGGAAUUUGACAAAGACAAGGAUGGCUUUAUCAGCUGCAAGGACCUGGGCGAGUGCAUGAGGACUAUGGGAUACAUGCCAACAGAGAUGGAGCUGAUAGAACUCAGCCAGCAGAUCUGUGGCGGCAGAGUGGACUUUGAAGACUUUGUGGAACUGAUGGGUCCCAAGAUGCUUGCUGAGACUGCAGACAUGAUUGGAGUCAAGGAGCUGAGGGACGCCUUCAAAGAGUUUGACUCUGAUGGGGAUGGUCAGAUCAGCCUUGGGGAGCUGAGGGAAGCCAUGAAGAAGCUCAUGGGUGAGCAGCUGAACCACCACGAGAUAGAUGAGAUCCUGCGGGACGUAGACCUCAAUGGGGAUGGACAGGUAGACUUUGAAGAGUUUGUGCGAAUGAUGUCUCGCUGACUCCUCAGCAAACCUCACUCUACUGCACUAAUAUGGACCAGACUGCACACUGUUAAUGUUCUUGUAAUUCUUCUUGAUGUACAAAGACUUAUAGGUGUCUGUAGUUUUCAGUUUUGAGUUAAUUCCAUCAUCUCUUAAAUAUGAGAGAAUCCCUUCAGUGUGUUACUGUUGUAUGGAUGUGAUAUGUAUUUAACAUGUAAUGAAAGAUUAUAAAGUGAUGAAUCAGCAAGGAGAUU